CAAAAAACUGGAUUCUAAGUCCCGACGCGCACAGACUCCAACAGUGGAAGCGAUAUCAGUGCUUUGCUGCUAAGAAAACAAGGUGGGCCUGCCCGAAUAAGAAGAGCAUCAUGUCCACUGCUAUGAAUCUUUGUCACAUUCAAAUCACGUACUUUCUUUCGCAGCAACGAGAGCGGUCAAUGAAUCCUCGCUACCAAUCGGACACGGCUUAAACGAUAUCUCAAUUAUUGAUAAGAAACAUCUUCCUUGACAAGUAUAUACAAUCAGAGCACAUUGAAUGCGACAAGCGGACCUGGAAUAUUGAAAGCACAAGACUAACGAUGUGGCCCUGGCUCUUCUUUAUCACAGCCGCUCUGUCGCUAAUACGGACGGCUGCUGCACUGACGCUUCAAAAGCGAGACACACCAGCAGUUGUGGCAUUGGACAUCAAACGUAACAAUAUAUCGGAUCCUAUUACAAGAGACCGAGUGAGACGUAAACGAGAGGAGACAGUGGGUCAAACACUUGACAACGAGGAGACCCUUUACUUCUGCAAUGUGACGCUUGGUACACCUGAACAGAGUCUACGUCUGGUCUUGGAUACUGGAAGCAGUGAUUUGUGGUGCAAUGCACCUAAUUCAACACUUUGCUCCUCAUCUGCUGACUCGUGCGGCGCAUCCGGAACGUAUGAUGUAAAUGACUCUUCGACUUUCACAUUUGUUUCCUCGGAUUUCAACAUAUCAUACGCGGAUGGAACAGGCGCAGCUGGCAUAUAUGCCAGUGACACACUACACAUAGGAGACGCCGCUUUGGAAGGCUUUCAGUUCGGGAUCGGCUUUUCUUCCAGUUCUUCAGAGGGUGUCUUGGGCAUUGGGUACCCGUCAAACGAGGUGCAGGUGGGUCGCUUCGGUGACAGUGCUUAUCCCAACCUCCCUAAUGCUAUGGUCAGGGAUGGCCUGAUUAAGUCCAAUGCAUACAGUUUAUGGCUGAAUGAUCUGGACUCGAGCACGGGCUCGAUCUUGUUUGGGGGGGUCAAUACGGAGAAAUAUCAUGGGGAGCUCGAGACCCUGCCCAUACAAAAGGUGGGCGGCGUCUACUCGGAAUUUAUCAUUGCCUUGACUGGUGUUGCUCUAAGUAGCAAGUCGAGCAAGCGCAACUACUCGUCGGAUGACCUUCCAGCCGCAGUGUUAUUAGAUUCUGGAAGUUCACUUACCUAUCUUCCAGACUCCAUCGUUGAAGAUAUCUACAACGAUCUUAAUGUUGUCUAUGAGAAAUCAUCAGGGAUCGGAUACGUGCCGUGCAGCUCGGCACAGAAGGAUAUAAAUAUCACGUAUACCUUCUCAUCUCCUGCUAUCUCUGUUGGCAUUGACGAACUUAUCCUUGACAUCGGGGAUCUAUACUUCCAGAACGGCAAGCGCGCUUGCAUUUUCGGUAUAAUUCCUGCCGGUGACAGUACAGCUGUUCUGGGCGACACUUUUUUACGCAGCGCAUAUGUGGUCUAUGACCUAUCAAACAACGAGAUUUCCCUUGCUAACACCAAUUUCAAUGCAACUAAGGAUAAUAUUCUGGAGAUUGGAACUGGAGAAGACUCUGUACCAGGUGCGACUAAGGUGUCCAAUCCCGUGACUUCAGUUGCAGCCAAUGGCUCUGGGGCCAGGAUUGGAGGCCCAACGGGUUCUGUAUACACAGAAGUUCCAUCUACAGCUAGCGGAGGCGGCAAAGCCCGGGGAAUGUCAAACAUGGUCAGGUUUAUUUUAUUUGAGGCAGCAGUCAGUUUCUAUGUAUUGUUUGUGUUUUAAGUUUAGAUGCAGAUAUAACAGGU